CGUGUCUGAGGAUGGAUAUGUUGAGCACAAGAGUGGUGGUGUGUGUUCACAUGUCACAGUUGGGACCAGCUUUGCUGUGGGGGACGGCACGAGUAGACACCUCUUGGCAGGAGGAUGUUGACUCAGUUAAGAUACAUGUGAACUCACUUUCCACGCCCCCUCUCUAUAGCAUUCAAGUUUCCUUAAGAAGGCAAGUUCCCUACUUCUUCCCUCAUUGUUCACAUUUUGCUUUAGAUAUGUAGAACAGAGGGAAACAGAGGGAGAUCACAUAUCAGAUAUGCAAAACAAUAGGAGUUUUCAGAACAAAAACUUUGCAUAGAGAAAACAUCCAAAGGAUCACAUCAUAUGAGUUUCUUUCUUGGUUGCAUGUUUUUAUGAUAAUAAGAUUUUGAAAAUCCGUAAGGAAAGAGAGCGGAGAGUGGGGAAUUGUUGGCUUUUCUUCUCCCAUUUGACUAUUUCUGUCUUGGGGGGAGAUAUUGAGUGGCUAGCGGCAAAAGCAGAAAAAGGGAGAGCUUCCCCACCCAAGGAUCUUUAUAUGGGUUUUGAACGUGAAAUCUUUGUUUUAUGUCCUGUUUUCUUCUUCCCCUUCCCUUCUUAUCUCUAGAGAAACAGAAUAAGAUUUUGAGUGGCGAAGAUGAGUCAGUCCACCAAAAUAAUGCCUCCAUGAUUGAGAUGUUGACCUUAACUAAAUGAACAAAAUUCCUCCAUAGGCAGUCUAUUAUGGAAGGACCACUUUCAACACGUGUGUGUGGGUCUACCAUCUCACCUAACUGUGGAAGUUUUCUUCCAUCUUUACUUUCCUUCCCCAAUCCAUCUUUCUGAUUACACUACAUCCCACACCCUCUGAUCUUAAUCCGACGCUUCGAACUUCUUGUCACAAGAUCAAAUGUUGACCAAUCUGCACAUGGUGGUUGUUCUUCCUAGUCUAUAUUCUUAAAUUGACUGAUGAAUAAAAACCAUUGCACCAACGCUGCUUUUACAAUUUGCCCGUCAUAACCAAGCCAAAGCUCUGUCACUCCUGUUGAGUUCCUGAUCAAACGUCAAUGGUGGGGUCGUCUUCUCCUCCCCUACAAUGAAACCAUUUGCAUUUUACACAGUGCUAGGUCAGACCUCUCUGUUUAUCUAAAUUCUUUAAAUAAAUCUUCCACCAGGAAUCAACUCUUAACUGCAGAAAAUGUUGGAUAUGACGCGUAAUGAUCAAAAUUAGCUUACAAUAAUGAAUGUGGUAUGUCAACUCGGGUCCAUUCAAAGAAAAUUUUGUAUAAAUGCAAAUCAACAUGAUUAAGAAAGGGAAAAGAAGAACGUGUAUUUCAAAUUUGUUGAACCAUGGAAGUAGACUCGGACUUUAAACAUUUAAGACUUCAAAAAGUUGUUUGAAUGACAUCAUUUCCUUGUCAAGAUGAGCUUUUUGAAACAACCUCGUUUAUCCCAAAACAACAUACUAAAUGAAAUCUCAACUCAAAAACAAACUUUCCCAUUGUUAACUUGCGUGCAAAAGGAGAAGAUAGGUUACUCCCGGUAACAAUGAAAGGAAAAAAGUGUUUGGUUAUAUAUUCCAAUCCCAACUUUCUAAGAUUCCUCUUGAAAUGAAUGCACAUCUUUCUGUGUAUAUUGAACAUGACUCACUUUUCUAUUUUUUUGGCCCCUCGGCCUUCCCAGUGGCAGAACAAGUCACACAAACACAUGUAUAUAUAGACAUAAACCCAAGCAUAAAAGUUUUGCUUUGCCAUUCCAUCUGCCUGUUGUGGGCAAAUUUGGAUUUGUGCGAUCUAAAUUUCUUUUGAUCAGAAGUUCAAAAGCUGUAGGAUUUGACAAGGACCCACCAACCCUUUUGAAACAAACCGCUAAACGUAUCGUUUCAUCUCCUUGGAGCCCCAAUGGCCACCAGACCCUUUCUCUCUAUUGAAGAAUAAUGCAAAAAAAAGUAACCAAAUAUUUAUUUGUAAAAAAGACACGUUAAGCCCAACUGCAGUUUGACAACAAGCUCUCUCUACCCCCAGCACCUCCUGAUCUCCUUAUCCCCAACUCUAUCUCAAAAGUUUUAAUAAUCCAUAAACAAACUAACCCAAAGGGAGAAAGAAAAAGAGAAUUUUAUUUCAGAUACUGAAUCAUUAGUCUUUUGGGGUAGCUUAAAUUGCAACCAUGGAUACUUAUCAGCAGCAAAAGACCUGGGAGAAAGUUGUAGACAGGAAGCAUGGAGAAGGCAAAAAUGAAGGUUCAGCAGAUAAGCAGCAGUCAUCAAUAUCCCUUGCUUCACCCCCUUCAGCAUCUGCAUCUUCCUCUCCUUCUCAUGAAUUUUCCUUUACAAUCUCUCUCCACUCUUCCUCCAAUACAGUCCCUGAUAAAACCAAAACGCCACCUUCAAUUGCAAUCGAUUUGUCUCCAGCAGAUGACAUUUUCUUUCAUGGCCACUUGCUUCCUCUCCACCUUCUUUCACACCUCCCAGUAUCUCCGCGUUCCUCUACAAAUUCAUUGGACAGCUUCACCCUUCCCAUAAGAGAGUUGUUAGAUGACCAAAAACCUGAUAAAAGCAGCAGCAAUUGUAGCAAAAGCGACAGCAAUAUCAGAAGCAGCACCUGCAGCAGCAACAAGAACCAUGUCCAUGACAGAUUUAGGAACCAUCAUCAUCAAAGCCACAACAUUGAAGCAAAAGGUAGGAACAAGUCCAAAUCCUUCUCUUUAUUUAGUUUAACAAGAUGGCAAAAAGAGCGUGACGUUAGACAAACACAAGAAAAAGAGAAGCACAAGAAAAAGAUGAGAUUCGACGUGAGUCAUGUGUUAAGGAGGUACGUGAGGAUAGUUCGUCCUUUAUUGUUCUUCAGAAGAAGGAGGGAGAAUCUCCAACUCCAUCAACAAGCUUAUUCAUUUUCAGGUAAUUUAAGUUUGAGAAACAAAAAACAAGAGUUGAGAGGAAGGAGAGGAGAAUAUUCAGCUCCUGCUUCAAUGAGGACAUCUCCUACAAAUAGUGGUCUUCUUGUUGCAACCACAGGUUUUCCUUCUUCAACCAGUGACAGCACCAUGGAAGAGUUGCAGGCUGCAAUUCAAGCUGCAAUUGCCCAUUGCAAGAAUUCCAUUGGAGGGGAAGACAAACUCAAAUGCUAGGCCUAAUUUUGAUAAUUUUUCAUAGUUAUUCAACUUCUAUUAGUUAUAUUACUUUUUUAUUUUUACUGCAAAGUUAUAUUUUCCUGUGUAUAAAAUCGCACAUAUAAAGGAUUAUGAAAGAAAUUAGUUUGAAAAAAAAAAUUAAGAUUACUUUGAUAAAUUUCUACAUCUUAAAAUUAAAAACUGGUGCUUUUCUAGACUUUACACUGCAGAGUCUGCCAUAGUUGGGUGACAAGUAACAAUUUGAAUGACAAAGAUUUGAUGAGGAUUCAAAAAUCUAUUCACAUGAUUCAUUAGUUGCAUUAAAUUAAUAAAGAAAGUUGUUCAAUUCCCAGUAUGUUAAAUAUGAGAUGGCAUUUAUAAUGCACAGUGAGUUUUCUUUUCCAUUUUUUUUUUUUUUUAAAUCCAACUACCCUGAGUUAUAUAGUCAAUGGAAUGCCGCUGACAGUAUAACUCAUUUUUUAAAAUUUUCUUCUUAAAUUAGUAUAUAUUAUAAUCCUUUGAUGAAUUCAAAACAAUGGGAUUUUUGGUAACCUCUGUUUGUUUCUACUAAACUAUACUAAAUCAUAUUUUUCAAUGAUUAACCUUAGCACAGACCAUGGGUCACAAUUUUUUCAGUGAAGGGAUGAACACAUCAUCACCAAACCUAUCAUUAUUUCAUUUGUUCAUUUUGCUUGAAAUUGUUCUUUCUUUAGCAUUUUUCCAUGAAUCAAACUGUGUUUGUAAGAGCCCACAGGAAAAGGCAAAGUUAAUAUAUGCUGAGAGUAGGGGAGGGGAGUAAAGCCAAAAAGAGCACAGUGAUUUCUUUUUUCUUCAGUCCCUACAAGAAAAGGCAAUCAAAAGGGAACAAAAACCAUUUAUGGUUGUAAGUGCCAUAAAAAGAAGUGGUAUCAAUGGGAGUUUCAAAAGAGCUGUGGGACAACUGACCUGACAGCUUCAGAAUUACACAAAAGCAACAAGUACAAUAGUUUGCAUAUAUAGCUAUCAACAAUGUUGGAGCUUAAUAUCAAAGAACAUGAUUCAUUUGAGUGCUACAAGCAUACAAUUAAAAUCCCAUGAUAUUGACGAGGACGAUGAUAUAUUGUAAUGAUGGCAGCCAUUGACUGAGUUCUUCCUUUUUCUCUUUUCCAGGGCCAUUUUUAUGAUAGAUAUUUCAUGAUAUACAGUAAUGGAAGUGCUUUUCCUUAUUGUUUAAUCAUCACGCCAAAGUUACACAGUCUAUAGAAGCAGGAAAAAAAAAAGAGAGGAGGGGGGCUGAAUGGCUGAAGAUCUUCUUCCACGGGAGAAGAUACUCUUUUUGGAGUAUGUGUGCAUGAGUUUACACACCUGCAUGCAUUGCUGA